AUGGCCAGGGAUGGACACCAUCUUAAAGGAAUGGCUGCAUUCAUCUUUACAUAUGAAUCUUUGAAUAAUUGUACAACAUAUGGUUUCAUCGAUCUCUAUGAAUUAGAUAAUGGAUUAGAUUCCCAGAAUCAAGAGAUUAUAUCCGUGGUCAACUCAUGUGGGUUUCAGACUCAGAAUCAACCACAUUUGAUAACAAACACAGAAAAUACAAAUGAUGGACAAAUUACCAACACAACAAUGAUGAAUGGUAAUGAAGAGAAAGUAGAUUUUAACACAGAGUUCAUGCAAAAGACAAAUCCAAGAACAAUGGAGAAAGAGAGAGUCAAAAAUGACAAUGUUGGCGCUUCAAGUUAUACUUCUAUGAUGACGUUAAGUAGGGAAACUGUCACUAAGUAUUUCUAUAUGCCAAUUAAACAGGAAACAAAGGAGUUGAACAUUGGAACUACACUGUUGAAGAAACGUUGUAGAUACUUGGGUAUUUAUCGGUGGUCUCGUCUCAAACUUAUGAGCCUGCAAACUCUUUUUAACAAUGUCUAG